UGUUAUAAUAGAUUUAUUAGCAAACAAUUGUAUGGCCAAUGAUGAUGACAAUAAUGGUGGCAAUAAUGAGGGCAAUGGUGGCAAUAAUGACAAUACAAAUAACAAUGGUGAUGAUGAAAAUGCUACAAAUUGUAUGCCAUUUGAUGCACCAUGCAACAAACAAACGGCACAUUUAUGUUGUAACGGUGUUUGUGAAUUUGACGGAUCGACUACACAUGGAGAGUGCGGUCGUGUAGUGACCAAUGAAUUGAUAGCAAAUCGAAGAAAACAAGCUGGUGGUAAUGAUGAUGAAGAUAAUGAUGAUGAAACCUGUCUACCGGGUGGUGCACGUUGUCUUAAAAAACAACCAAAUAAAUGUUGUAGUAGUAGUUGUAUUACUUUUAAUGAAAUGUUUACUCACGGAAAAUGCAGUCAUCAAAUUGGUUAGACAUUCAAGAAUAUAAAGAGAUGAGAA